UGCUUUAAAUUUUGCGCAUCUCCCGCAGAUUGCAGCACUCUCGCAAUGAACGGCUGCUACAGCACAAUAAAGUACACGGGCCUGCUGUCCAAUCUGCUCUACAUGCUACUGGGCAUAGGCGUCAUGUCUGGAGCAGGAUUGGGGCUUCAGGUGGCGGAGCCCAACACACCAGAGCACACGUAUUUCGUAAAGAGCCUGGUGUUGGGUGGCACCAUCUGCAUGAUCGUGAUGUUUGGAUGCUAUGGCAUGGUCUGCAACUUGCUGUGUGUCAAUCUGAUCUUCACUCUGUUCAUUUUGAUUGCAUUGGCUGCGGAGUACCUACAGCUGCACCACUAUCACAGUCCUACUCUCAAGGGCUCUGGUGGCGCCUGGCAGCAGUUGGAACUGGCCUGGAAUGGUCUGGACAGAGAGCCCGAGCUGAUGCACCAGUACGAGGCCUCGCAGCACUGCUGCGGCUUCAACAGCGCCGACGAUUACAAGCGCCUGCAUCUGCUGGUGCCGGCGAGUUGUUAUCAGGCCACUGCCAAUGAAACCUCCCAGCAGAUCUAUCCGAUCGGCUGCCUGGAGACACUGAGCCACAGCCAGCGAUACAUUCAGCAGCGCGAUAAGCUGUGCAUGUGGGCCAUCGUUGGCCUUGAGAUCUUCAUACUGCUGCAAACGGUGGCGCUGAGUGUGCUGCUCUUCAGACUUCGCCAGCGGCAGCGCCUCGCGCGCAGACAGGUGCCACCAGGUGUGCGGCGGGAACCGCGCUCCAAUCAUGUGACCGCCUCACGGGCCCAGCUACUCAACGAGGCCUGAUGCUUGAUCUUAUCAAAUUGGUUUUUUGUUGUAGAAAUUUCAUUAGUCUUACGAAAUUGGACAUUUACAAGAAUUAAUUUUGACUUUUUCAAGAAGCAGCGGAUUGCUAUCACAGUUUUGCUGAGUUUUUCUCUUAUGUGGCGAGUAUAAAAUAAAAAUAAAUUUUGACUAAGGGGUCAAAAAUAUUAUAUUUAUA